AUGUUCUACGCCCCUGCACAGGACGUCCAGCUGCCCACCCACCCCCGCCUCCACGUGCGCGACGCGCGCGACGCACACAUGGUCUUCGAGGCCGUCCGCCAGGGCAGGCUCAAGCCGGUCUCGCGCCGGCUGAACGAGAUGGAGCGGACGCGCUACAUCACCUCCGGCUCCCUCUUCGUCUGGGAGGAGAGCGACGACGAGAUGGGGCUCAAACGGUGGACAGACGGCCGCGUCUGGAGCCAGUCGCGGAUGCGCGAGCCAUACCUCUUCUACGACGAGAAGCUCGGCGACGAGCCCCCGUCCGAGCCGAAAUCAAAAUGCCUAUACCGCUUCGUCGACGGCCCGUCCCGGACGUGGACGUCCUCCGCACAGUCGCACUACGAGCGCAGCGACCACCACCCGCUCGGGCUCUGGCACCUGACCGCAUACUUCACGUACGCCGACCUGCCGUCGAUCCCCACCGUCGACGCCGACCCGCUCCUCCGUGCGGUCGUCGUCCCCCAGGGGGUGUACCGGAGCGGCAAGGCGCGCACCCGCACCUCCGACGCCGCCCCACUGGCUCGGGCCCGGCGUCCCCAGCGUCCUCGUCCUCUGUACCCGACGAGCCAUCACCGCGCCGCACCGCGCAUUCCGGAAGACCAACGCAUGAUCCAGAUGCUCAACGCGCGACCUAUCUGA